CCCAAAUCCACUAUCUAUUGUAGUCCAAUUCCAGUGGAACAACAAUCUCUUCUUCCCCGCCUAACUUAUCUCCCCGUCAUCACCCCGACAUAACCACCACCUCACCUCAACCACAACCACCACCCCCAAUCCAACCCACCACCAAAACCAACAAUGACCUCAACCCCCCAUCUCACAGCCCUCCAACGCGACGGCUUCGUAGUAAUCCCCUCUCUCCUCACCGCGGACGAAAUCGCCCACUACCGCACCACAGCCACGCACGCGACCACACUCACGCGGACCGGGAAAUGGCCACACUUCCGCACAGUACCGAAGCAAUUCCCACCAUGGCCGACGACCCCUCCUCCCGCCUCCGAAGGCGGAAUCUGGGGUGUACAGCACCUCCUGCACCCGGAGAUGCCAGGACGGAGUGAAUUCGCCAAGUUCUAUUUUUCCGAGAAGGUGCUUGCCGUGGCGGAGGAACUACUGGGGUUGACAUCAACCACCAACACCAACAACACCAACGGCGAUAGCGAUACUCCCGAACCAUUGGUAAUGGAGCUCUUCAACCUCCUCGUCGCGCCGGAGACCAAGGACUUCGAGCUGCGCUGGCACCGCGACGAUAUCCCCGAGACUGCUACCCCUGAGGAAGAAUUGAAGAUGCUGCAGGAUAAGAGUCCGAAUGGAAAACAGUCGCAUGCGCAGUAUAAUCUGGCGUUGUGUGAGGAUUCAUCCUUGAUUGUGAUUCCGGGGUCGCAUAGAAGGGUGCGCACGGAAGUGGAGCGCAAUGCGGCGCCGUAUGAGCCGGAGUUGCCUGGGCAGUUGGUUGUCCAGUUGAAGCCCGGGGAUGCAGUGUUUUAUGAUAGUAAUAUUUUGCAUCGCGGGGUGUAUAAGUGUAAGGAGGAGGGCGGGGAGGAGACGAGACUGACGUUGCAUGGGAGUUUGGGGUUGAAUGCCCCGUCUGAGGAUAAGAAGGUGAGGGCUACGGCGGUGUUGCAGCAUGGGGUUGGGGCUUGGGUGCAUCGCGAGGAUGCGGCUUUUGGGAUUGGGGAGAGGCCGGAGAAGAUGCGGGCGAAUUUGGUGGCGAUGGGGAGUGGGGAGGGGGUUGGGUAUUCUUUGCAGGGAUGAGAGGGUGCAAUUGGGGUAGGGUGUUUUGUAAAUAAGAGGAAGGAUGUGGAUGUAAGGACAUUGUCCCACCGAAACUUCUAUUCAUUAAGCAUGCAUAUGCAUCGAGCUCGAAUAUCAAGAACAUUCAUAUAUAUGCCCAGAAAGAGGGUAUCGUCAUAAAGAAGAAUAAUGUACCCGCCGC